AUGAAUGAAGCUUAUAUAGAUAGAUUGACAAAGAUUAAAGAAUCUUUGUUAGAUGAAUUACAGCGUUUAUCAAGAGAUUCUAAAGAGUUGGAAGAAGAACAUGAUCUGUCUGUCCAGACAGACCAUGUUGCUGCUAUUAUUGUCGAUUUUGAAGAUUUACUAUCGUGUUCAAUUGUCAAUAUAAAUCAAUUUUAUAAAGGUUUCCGUGUGGAAUGGAUCAAAAGUUUAGAUAUAAACCAAUGUGAUACUUUACGUAUUAUGGAACUAGAAGAAUCAGUACAAAAUAAAGAUUUAAUUUUAGCUGAAUACGAUUUACUUCUGGGAUUAGUGGAUUGGUUUUCUGAAUUCAAAAAUAACUUGAAUAUAAUAAUUAAACAACGUCAUAUAAAAAAUAUACAACAAAUUGAUAGCAAAAGGGAUAGAGCUAUAGAAUUACAUUUAAUCAGUGAAACUAGUGGUUCUGAAACCCAGGAUGAAGGUACUGAAGAUGGAGGUUCAAGAAAAAAGAGAAGCUGGUCAUUCACAGAUAAAGGAGCCACAAGUAAAGAUAAAUUAUUAAAGAGCACAAAGAAACUAACAGGAAGUCUGAUCAGGGGUAACCAAAUACUACAAUCUAGUAUCCUACAGAGUGAUUUAAAUCUUGAUGAAUUAAAAUUACAAACUGAUAUGCUAACCCAAAUGAAUAAUAAAUAUAGUCAAUUUGAAACUAUUUUUAACAAAACUUCACAAUUAGUGAAGAGCUUAGAAAGAGCUUCGAAACAAGAAAAAAGGGACGUAUAUUUCUCGUUAGGAUUUCUUGUGGUUUGCAUCUCUUGGGUUCUAUGGAGGAGAAUAUUUAAAUUACCUGUUAAAUUAGGUAUAUGGCUGCUGUUCAACUUUUUCAAAUCAAUCUUAGUAAGCAUCGGAUUAGUACAAAAACUCACAAAUGCAAGCACCACAACUACAACAGAAAUAAGCAUAGCUACAAAUACAUUGACAAGCACAACAAUCCAGACAGCAAUAAAAUCAGUUGAAAAUGCUGUCGAUGAAGCUAUGCAAAGAAUAAUGUCACAUGAUGAACUUUAA